AUGUUUGGUGCUUUCCGACCUACGUCGGUGAAUCUAGGUGGCCUACUAUGGAAGACGCCAUGGAAGUUGUCAAUCACGCGAAAAGCCAAUGCACGUGCUCGUCUGAAGAAAGUCGACGCAGUCAUUGAAACAGUCAGAGCAAGUGGCAUACAAUGCAGUGCAUUGGAAAAGGCACUGCAGCUGCCUAAAGAACAUGAGAUGGAUCCCAAGGACAAAUACACGGUGUUCAGUGCGACCUCACGAGGCUAUCGAAAAGGCAUUCACAAGGUGCCCAAGUGGACUAGACUCACACUAAGAGUCAACCCGAAGGGAUUUUGA